ACGUUUAAAAGGAUUAUCUGUGCCAAAAGAAUAAAUGUUUUGAACAUCGACAUUUUAUCAUCACAUGUUUAUGAAUAAUAAAAUAAAAAUGUCCGUAAACAUUCAUCGAACACUACUCUGUUUAUUUGGAGUUGUCAUGUUUUCUUUGAUAACAGAAAGUGCGUGUCCCUUUGGUACGUUCGGAACAAUGUGUCAGUUUCGUUGCCAUUGUAAGGAGCCUCUAGAUUGUGAUAAAAACACUGGUAACUGUGAGUCUGGAUGCACAGGUCAAUGGUCCGGUAGAAACUGUCAGCAAGAGAAUGUGUCGUUUAACGCAUCUACAUCACACAAAGUAGGAACAGGAUCAACAGAAUCUUGGUAUGGUGUUGAUGGUAAUACUAGUACCUGUGCUAUAACUUCGGCUGGUGUUAAUGGUUGGUGGAUGGUCAAGUUUGAUAAACCACAUACAAUCCAUAAAAUAUAUCUCAACUCAGGUACAAACACUUCAUUAUUUGAUUGGCAGAUCAUAGUAGGAGAUGACAGUAACCUAUUUACUAUGGUGAGAUGUAGCGAGAUCAAAUCUCAUGAGUCGUCAGCGUCUGUGUUUUGUGAUAGACCAAAGAGAGGACAAUAUCUAGCUGUGUUAAAUAGACACGGUCCUGUUGUUAUUUGUGAUCUGUCAGUUUAUAUUUGUAGUAAAUAUAGCUUUGGACCAGGAUGUGAGCGACACUGUUCAUGUAAAGAGCCAAACGAACAGUGUGAUAUACAAACUGGGGGAUGUUCAUCCGGGUGUCAGACUGGUCGUCAAGGAGUUGACUGUCAGAUAGAAUGUCUUGGGUCUUAUGGUCCAGGCUGUUCCUAUAAGUGUGGCCAUUGUUUAAAUGGUACUACAUGUGAGUCUAUGUCUGGACUCUGUCCACUACACAAAUGUGACCCAGGCUGGGAAGGCAGAACAUGUCAUAGAGAGUGCAGUGUCGGUUUCUAUGGAUACAAAUGUAAUAGCAGGUGUGGGCACUGCAGCGAUAACUUGAUUUGUCAUCAUGUCAAUGGAAGUUGUCCCAGUGGAUGCCAAUCUGGUUGGAGAGGCAAAACCUGUAUGGAAGAAUGCAAUACUACUCAUUUUGGUAAAGAUUGUUUACAGCCGUGUGGAAACUGUUUUGAUGGAUCAUGUAAUAAACAGACUGGAGAAUGUACAUCUGGCUGUAAGCCUGGGUUACAAGGGGACAGGUGUGAUACAGAAUGUACUCCUGGUAGAUGGGGUUUAAGAUGUGGUGAAUUAUGUGGACACUGCCAAAAGAAAGUAUGCGAUCUAGUAAAUGGUACAUGUGAUAGUGCGUGUGAACCUGGAUGGACGGGAAAUAAAUGCUUGGAAGAAUGUCCUGGUGGUAUGUUUGGAAUGAAUUGUAUAAAGGUGUGUGGUAAAUGUAAAGGAGCUGUAUGUAAUACUACCGAUGGAAGAUGUCUUCAUGGGUGUAUGGAUGGAUUUGGAGGCGAGCAUUGUACGCCACAGACAUCUGCAUCUCCUAUAGCGCAUGCAUUCGAAGAAGAAACCACAAACACAUUACAAGUAUUUCUUGGUGUUAGUGUAACCAUAGUGAUCUCUGUAAUGGUCUGCUUAAUAUUUUGUCUGGUUUCAAACUGGAGAAGAGAAGAUAUAUCUAAAUAUGAUAGACAACUUGAAUUUGUAGUAAAUAUAGCUUUGGACCAGGAUGUGAGCGACACUGUUCAUGUAAAGAGCCAAACGAACAGUGUGAUAUACAAACUGGGGAAUGUUCAUCCGGGUGUCAGACUGGUCGUCAAGGAGUAGACUGUCAGAUAGGUCUGUAUUGAAUAGAAAUAACAUCCGGAUGUCAGACUGGUUGUCUAGGAAUAGACUGUCAGAUAGGUUUGUAUUGAAUAGCAAUAACAUCCGGAUGUCAGACUGGUCGUCUAGGAGUAGACUGUCAGCUAGGUUUUUGUAUUGAAUAGCAAUAGCAUCCAGGUAUCAGACUGGUCAUCUAG